AUGACUUUGAAGGGUGGCUUGCCUAUCACAUCCAUAUCUUACUUUCCAGACGGCAAGCGAAUGAUCAGCGGGUCUUCAAACGAAAUUGUUCGAAAAUGGGAUCUACAGGAGGGUAAGGAGAUCAAAGAGGCGCAGAUUGUGUGUGAAGAAGAUGUAAACGCGAUGGCGGUAUCAAGGGAUGGUCGAUGGGUUGUUACUGGUGGUGGAGAGUCUGGUCGCGUGGAGCUCAAAGCAUGCAAGGUCGAUAAGGCAAUCGUGACAACAUUUGAAGGCCAUUCUGGGCCGAUCACUUGCGUCGAUAUCUCACUGGACAGCACACUACUGGCGAGCGGAUCAUGGGAUGUUACAGCGCGAAUAUGGAGCUUGAAAACCGGAAAACUCGAGGCCGGUCCAUUCAGGAGUGUUGAUUGGGUGGGCGCCGUUCGAUUGUCAACAGACUCGAAGAAGCUCGCAGUGAAGUCGUGGUCAGGGAGGUGGCUCGAGGUUUGGGAUGUCAAAACAGAGAUGUUGGCCGUCAGAGCAGGACAAUAUGGUGGGCCUGCAAGCACACACGCCCCUGUGUUCUGGACAAACAAAAACAAAAACAUCCUGACCACACUCAUAAACUCAGACGUGACAAGGAUCAGCGAGUUCGACGCAUCAACACUUAAGAUUAUCGGAGCGCCCUUUGCAGGGCACACCGAGGCUGUCACCAAUCUAGCACUUUCUUUUGACGGUGCUCUCCUCGCCAGUGCUUCAAGCCACGAUAAUACCAUCAAGCUCUGGGCCUUUGAGUCCCGCCAGCUCCUCGCAUCAUUUGACGUCCAAAAACCAACAUGCAUAGUCCUCUCACCCAAUUCGCGUCAACUAGCUUAUACGACAUCGUCCAAAGGUGAUCAUAAAAUCUAUAUAUGCAACACUGCACCCGAAAUCCUUGCUAGCGUGGGGCCCGUGCCAGAAGGACGGCAAACCUCCUCCAAAACUAAUCCAACCUUUGAGCGUCUACUUGAAUCUGACGCAACCCGUCGUCGCCGCAACCUAGCGACAUCGCCUGCCAUAUCUUUUCCCCCUAGGUUACAAAAACCACUGCCUACAACAGAGUCGCAGAGACCCACUUUCCUUCUCCAUCUCCGUAGAUUCCUCCGAUUCUCCCCCUCCACCAAUGCAGUCCCUCCAGUACAGCAUGGUCAGCCUCGUGAUCCAUUGGAUUUCCCUGCCACAUCGCCUCUACCGCCUAGACGUUCUCUAUCAGCACAGGCCACAACUCAUCCUGAUGAUUUCGAAAUGAGUUCUCAGCCCCGCACUUCGGACGGAGUCACGCAGUUCCUGCGGCAUCUUUCCUCUCGUAUUUCAAGACCCAACCACGGGCCACCAGUCUUUGAAGUUGCGGCUGGGCGAAAGGUCACUCGGCUUGCUGCUGCCAAUCUCCCAGAAUACAGGAAAGUCGACGACACCCGGCAUCCGUCUCGGCAGCCUGUGGUGCCGCAGGACGCCGAGUCGUCCGACAUUGACUCGCUUCCAGACGUGCAUUGGUUCAAGGCAUUCCUCUGCUACUAUUCAUGCUUGUCUCAUGGCAGACUGAGGAUGCCUCCUCGAUGGCGUUUGGAGCGCGUUGACAUACCCCGCCAGAAUGGCGCGACGGGUGCUUAG